AUGGCAUUACCUAAUUUAAGACCAGGGAACAUUAUUGUGGCCUCACCAGUUCCACAAAAAGUCAAACUGUCUUCAGGUACACCUGGCACUUCAGAAAAGGAAAAGAAUUCAACCCCAUUUCUACCAUCUCCACAUGGCCAUCCUAACUUUACCCCUACCAGGUCUAGAGGCAUGGCAACUGCAGCUAAAGCAGCCGCAGCACAGUCCGAGGGCCGUGUUCCAAAGCCCCCCAAGCCUCCAGACAAGCCUCUCAUGCCCUACAUGCGAUACAGCAGAAAGGUAAUAGGAAAGGUCUGGGAGCAAGUCAAGGCACAGAACCCUGACCUCAAGCUCUGGGAGAUCGGCAAGAUCAUUGGCCAGAUGUGGCGGGACCUGUCUGACCAAGAGAAGCAGGAGUUCCAGGAGGAAUAUGACGUUGAGAAGACACAGUACACCGAUGCUCUGAAAGCUUAUCACAAUUCUCCAGCCUACCAGGCUUGGAUUGCUGCUAAAGCUGAGAGAGAGGCUGUUGAUGAAGAUGAACCAGUUGUUCGACCUGAAAGACCUCCAGUAUCUUCCCACAAACCAAGUUCAAAAGGUGAAGGGUCAAGAAUCAGUAUUCUGCCAAUGGAUGAUGAUGAUGAUUUGGAGGACGGUUUUACAACCAAACACAUUGCCCAGGCCAGGUACAUACGCAACCAUCGUCUCAUCAAUGAAAUCUUCAGUGACAUGGUCGUGCCAGAUGUCCGCAGUGUUGUCACUGAGGCCAGAAUGACCGUGCUCAAGAGGCAGGUCCAGUCUUUGACCAUGCAUCAGAAAAAACUGGAAGGGGAAUUACACCAGAUAGAAGACAAACAUGAACAAAAGAAAAAGAAGUUUAUGGAGUCUAAUGAGUCAUUUCAUCAGGAGCUAAAGAGGUUGUGCGAGUCCAAGCCACAGAUUUCGGAUGAGAUGUUCAGUGGUAUGGUCAACAAAGCAGUAAAGGAUGAACUGAAACAGCGACAGCACCAGCACGUAGCACAGCCACACGAUGAGGAGAGGAGAAUAGCCCAGACCCAGAUCAGCUCAGAGGAAGGACAGACUAUUGGGACACAUUUGGCCGAUGGACAUUUAGCUUCCAGCCUCAUCGGUGGAAACCAUGAACCGAUGGAGGUGGACAAGAGUGCUGUUAUGACCUCAUCUUCCGUUGUGGAGGCCAAUCCAGUGGAUGUUGCCACACCCAGUCCUCAUUCGGCCACUGCGAGCGAGGAAGUUGUCAACAACAUUGUUGUGACACCAGACAAAAAUGGAACUGAGUUAGCAGGGACACCAAUCACAGAAAUCAAAGAAAGUUCAAACAGAGAGCCAGCAGAAGAAGUAUCUCCAACUGCAGAACUGACAGCCAACCAACUGGAAACGGUCCCAGAGAGUGGAGCGAUCAACAGACAAGAUAUACCGUCUUGA